UCCUGGAGUCAAAAACAAGCAGGUGUCCCACCGUGCCAGAUACGCCGCCUAAACUGCUUCCAGCUUUUUUUUUUCCCCUUCUGCAACAAGUCUGUGAUCAGCCCCGGGACAGAGGAGCCAGCAGCCUGCCUGUGACAGGCAUCAGGUUAGCUCGCUCCUGCUCGGGUGGCGCCCAGGAUAUAAAUCCAGGCUCAGGCCCCUUCUGCGGCUCCUCUCCCCGCACACUCAGGAGAGGGGGUUUCCGUGCAAAGACCUUUCUUUGCUCUGAAGCUGCACAGCCCAGCGGGCUCCACUGACUUGGUGGAGGCAGCCACGGCCGCCGCAGCCUUACCAGCAGCAGGGAACCUGCUGGGGGGCCCAGGGCAGGUGCCUGCAGCCCCUGAGAAGAAGGCGUCCCUGGUGGGCCUAGCCCCUGGUGGUGGUGCAGGGGACGUCUCUGGCCGCUGCAGAUCGCACCAUGUGGGCCCUGCGGUGCUGCCGGUUCUGGUCCCACUGGGGACAGGUGGCAGCGCUGCUGCUUCUGCUGCUGCUUGGGGUAUCCCCAAGAGGCCUGGCACUGCCACCCAUCCGCUAUUCCCAUGCUGGCAUCUGCCCCAACGACAUGAACCCCAACCUCUGGGUGGAUGCUCAGAGCACCUGCAAGCGGGAGUGUGAGACGGACCAGGAGUGUGAGACCUAUGAGAAGUGCUGCCCCAAUGUGUGUGGGACCAAGAGCUGUGUGGCAGCCCGCUACAUGGACGUGAAAGGGAAGAAGGGCCCGGUGGGCAUGCCCAAGGAGGCCACGUGUGACCACUUCAUGUGUCUGCAGCAGGGCUCUGAGUGUGACAUCUGGGAUGGCCAACCCGUGUGUAAGUGCAAAGAUCGCUGUGAGAAGGAGCCCAGUUUUACCUGUGCCUCGGACGGCCUCACCUACUAUAACCGCUGCUACAUGGACGCCGAGGCCUGCUCCAAGGGGAUCACACUGGCCGUUGUCACCUGCCGCUAUCACUUCACCUGGCCCAACACCAGCCCCCCGCCACCUGAGACCACGGUGCACCCCACCACGGCUUUGCCGGAGACCCCUGGGCUGGACAUGGCAGCCCCAGCUCUGCUCAACCACCCUGUGCAUGAGUCGGUCACUGUGGGUGAGACAGUGAGCUUCCUCUGUGACGUGGUGGGCAGGCCCCGGCCUGAGAUCACCUGGGAGAAGCAGCUGGAGGAUCGGGAGAACGUGGUCAUGAGGCCCAACCAUGUGCGUGGCAACGUGGUGGUCACCAACAUUGCACAGCUGGUCAUCUAUAACGCCCAGCUCCAGGAUGCUGGCAUUUAUACCUGCACAGCCCGCAAUGCCGCUGGAGUCCUGCGCGCGGACUUCCCGCUGUCGGUGGUCAGGGGGGGUCAGGCUGCGGCCACCGCGGACAGCACCCCCAACGGCACAGCUUUCCCCGCGGCCGAGUGCCUGAAGCCCCCCGACAGCGAGGACUGUGGUGAAGAGCAGACCCGCUGGCACUUCGACACCCAAGCCAACAACUGCCUCACCUUCACCUUUGGCCACUGUCACCGCAACCGCAACCACUUUGAGACCUACGAGGCCUGCAUGCUGGCCUGCAUGAGUGGGCCGCUGGCCCUGUGCAGCCUGCCUGCCCUGCAGGGGCCGUGCAAGGCCUAUGCGCCGCGCUGGGCCUACAACAGCCAGACAGGCCAGUGCCAGUCCUUUGUCUACGGCGGCUGUGAGGGCAACGGCAACAACUUCGAGAGCCGCGAGGCCUGCGAGGAGUCCUGCCCCUUCCCUCGGGGGAACCAGCGCUGCCGGGCCUGCAAGCCAAGGCAGAAGCUCGUGACCAGCUUCUGUCGGAGCGACUUUGUCAUCUUGGGCCGCGUCUCCGAGCUGACCGAGGAGCCUGACUCGGGUCGCGCCCUGGUGACCGUGGACGAGGUCCUGAAGGAUGAGAAGAUGGGCCUCAAGUUCCUGGGCCGGGAGCCACUAGAGGUCACUCUGCUCCAUGUGGACUGGACCUGCCCCUGCCCCAACGUGACGGCGGGUGAGACGCCGCUCCUCAUCAUGGGGGAGGUGGAUGCUGGCAUGGCCGUGCUGCGGCCCGAUAGCUUCGUGGGAGCGUCCAGCACCCGGCGGGUUAGGAAGCUGCGCGAGGUCAUGCACAAGAAGACCUGCGACGUCCUCAAGGAGUUCCUGGGCUCACACUGAAGCCCCCCACCACCCCGCCCCUGCCCCCUCUCUGGCCCUCUCCUGCCUACCCGCCCUGACACCCCUCAGUCAGCAAACUGGGCAAGCUCAGAUUCGACAGUCUUAGGCCAGCGGAUACACAGCAAUCCAGCCAUCAGAAAAAAGCCACCAGAAAGUCUUAGAUCAACUUCUAUUCUUUGGGUUCAAUACGGGGUCCGUAUCUUUUUCGCUGAGGGGGACAAAAGGAGAAGUCAAUAGACUCCUGCAAGUUAUUCCUGAUGACCGACCUGCUUGGGCAUUAUUAUCCUCUCUUUGCUGGCCACCCCUUCCCCUGGCUCUCCCAGCCACCUACCCCCCCAGCCAGUCUUCCAGCCAGGGUUCUAGAGAUGGCAGCUGCAAGGUGGCCACAGGAAUCAUGGAAUGAGUUGGUUUGCAAAAGGGGCAGGUGGGGAGAGAAAGGAGGGUCCAGGGACUCGGCAGACAAAUUCCCCACAGCCCCCUAGACCGCUAUGAGCAGAGACCGCUUCAGGUUCGGGGUCUUGGGAAUUGGGAAGCAGGAGGCGUGGUCCAGGCCAGCACACAGCUUGCCUGAGUGGAGGCUGCUGGACAGGUCCCCUUGGGGGGUGGUCAGCCUAUGCUUCGGUCAAGUUGGCCCACUGGUCUCUGAGGGCACCACGGCACCAGCAGAAAACAUGUUUCUCAAGUUUCAUCUUUUUGGCUUUAUCGAUUGGUUUCUUGAUUGUUGAUUUACUGAUUCAAUUCUGUUCAGUAACCAACUCAACGGACAUUUUUCUGAACAUUAUUGGGUGCCAAGUGUUAGGAUCACAGAGAGCUGUUAGUCACUGCCCAGCCCACAGUGAACACAAAUGUCCAGAUCCCAGCGUUCCCCAGAAGCACACCCUUGGCUGACCCUCCCAGCUGUCAGAUGGUCCCGUUUGACAGUGUGCUUUCAUCGGCCACUGGCUUCCUUGGACAUAAAGCAGAUAGAAACCCCAGGAUCUGUUUUGGUAGGAAGGGAAAGAAAGGAAGAGGGAAAGCAGGCAGGGAAGGGGUUGGUGAAGGAAUGAGAAGGGAGGCAGGCUUAGGGAGGGAAGGAAUGCUGCUCAAUGCUCCCAUCUGGUGGUGGCCUCAGGAGCUGCGGGGACCUGCGGGCGGUUCUGCCAGGUGAGGCCUGGGAUGGCAGGUGUGGCGGUUGGCAGCUUGUUGGUGAUUUUUGUUUCUGAACUUCCUGUGCAGGUCCAGCUCCCCCACCACUAGAGAAAGGACUUGGAAAACCCGUUGUCAGCUCCACAUCCGCCCCCCACUCCCUCCUCAGCCCCUCAUUCUGCCCAUGGCCCUCCAAAGCGGAAGGUCGUUGUGGGGCGUCCUUGUUUCUUACUCAAAUGUCGGAAGGAAGAUACCAAUUAAAAGCUCAUAGUAUCAACAGGC